CACUUUAAAAUGUCUGAGAAAAUUACUGUUGUUGAAAGUUUCCUGAGCUGCCAUGUGUGUUCAGAGACUUUCAGAGAUCCUGUGUCUCUGAGCUGCAACCACAGCUUCUGUUCAAGCUGCCUGCUGAAAUUCUGGGAACAAACUGAAAACAAAAAUUGUCCCAUUUGUAAAAGAAAAUCAUCAAAUAUUCCUCCUCUGAACUUUGCUCUGAAGGAACUGGCUGACUCCUUUGCUGGGAGACAGAAAUCUGGAUCAUCUGAGACAAAAAAAGAAGAGAAGAAGCUGGAGGUGGUGUGUAGUAAACAUCCAGAAGAGCCUAGAUUGUUCUGUAAGGAUGAAGACAGAGCUGUGUGUCCUGUCUGUGAGUUUUCUCUCCACCAGAGUCACAAAGUGGUUCCUAUAGGACAAGCAGUCAGUGACUUGAAGUACCUGUUGAAAUCUGACUUACAGUCUCUGCAGGACAAGAGGGACAAAUACAAACAAGUGGAGAAAACAUACAAUGAAGUGAUUGAACACUUCAAGAAGCAGCUGCUGUCCACAGAGAGACAGAUCAGAGCAGAGUUCAACAAGCUCCACCAGUUCCUGAGAGAGGAAGAGGAGUCCAGACUGGCAGCUCUGAGGGAGGAAGAGGAGCAGAAGGGGAAGACUAUCAGCAGAGAGAUGAAGAGGAUUCAGGAGCAGAUCUCCUCUCUGUCAGACAGUAUCUCUGCUGUUGAAGAAGAGCUGCAGAAACACAACGUGCCAUUCCUCAGCAGUUAUAAAGCCACUCAGACCAGAGCCAGAGUCCAGUGCUCACUGUCAGAUCCACAGCUGCUCUCAGGAGCGCUGAUAGAUGUGGCCAAACACCUGGGCAACCUGUCCUUCAGAGUCUGGGAGAAGAUGAAGGAGAAGGUCCACUUCAGUCCUGUCAUUCUGGACCCAAACACUGCAAACCCCUGGCUCUAUCUGUCUGAUGAUCUGACCAGUGUGAGAAAUGAAGACACAAAGCAGCAGCUUCCUGACAAUCCAGAGAGAAACACUAACUAUGUCAAUGUUCUGGGCUCUGAGGGCUUCAGCUCAGGGAAACACAGCUGGGAGGUGGAGGUGGGAGAUCAUCCUCGCUGGUUUGUAGGUUUAGUUAAAGAGUCAGCUGACAGGAAGGGGAAGAGCUCUGCUACACCAGAAUAUGGAAUCUGGUGUUUAAGGCAUGGUGAUGGAAAAUACACUAAUGUUGUUGGUCAGACUGUCAAAGUGAAGAAGAGACUCCAGAGGAUCAGAGUCCAGCUGAACUAUGACAAGCGGAAGGUCUCCUUCUACGACCCUGAAGACAUGACUCACAUCUACACUCACAUCUGCACUCACAGACACACUUUCACUGAGAAACUCUUCCCAUAUUUCAGUAUUGGAGAGGCUGGUGAUGCUAAAACUGCUGAUAUCAAAAUCUGUCCAACAGAUUUUUCUCUGUAAUGUUCAGGAAUGUUAAUGUUUGUUCAGACUUUAUUCUGAUUUCAUCAUCUAUCUAGAUCUCAGUGGGAUCAUUUAAAGAAAGAAGUUGUAAAUAUAAGGGUGUUUCUGCAACUACGGUCACUUUUGACUCUCCCAAAUUAAAAAAAUCAACCUCGAUGAAUUUCAAUUUUAUCAGAGUCUGUAAUACAUUAGCCUGGCUAACACCAGACCAAAUCUCAUUGGAGAUUAGGUCUGGACACGUUCAAUGCUUUUCUCCGUAGAGGAGGUGUGGUUUACGAUCCUCCGGAGCCGUUUAUUGGGCGCUUAGAAUGUCUAUCAAAGCGUCUGUAGGUAGCUCUUAGCCAAUCAGAUCAGUUAUACCAGAUGACGUAGUAGAGCAACACAAAUGGAUGUUUGUUGUGUGUGUGUCUGUGAGAGAGUGUUGCUGCUGCUUUGCUUCUCCAGUUCUCGCUUUCUGCAAGAUUAUUUAUUUUCACGUUUUAUUCCCCCUCAUGUCAUUCUGCCACACACAUCCACUGAUUUUAUGGGCAACAAACAAGCUGCUGCGG